GCCGAGUUCAGUCGUGCACUAGUACCCAGCUCAUACAUGAAGCUUAAUAAACAACCUUGACACGCCAGCCAGAGCCAGACUACAUCAUCCCAGCAAUACAACAAGAUGGCGAUGAGUAGAGGUAUAUUCAUUGUGGCUGCCAAGCGCACUCCUUUUGGUGCAUUUGGUGGAAAAUUGAAGGAUUUAUCACAGACGGAUUUGUGUGAAGUUGCUGCACGUGCUGCACUGACAGCUGGGAACAUAAACCCUGAAGUCAUUGAUAGCACAUUUAUUGGCAACGUUGCACAGACUGCACCUGAUGCAGCAUAUGUUGCAAGACAUGUGGCCCUUCGGUCUGGAAUCAAGGAUGACAAGCCAGCUUUAACUGUGAAUCGCCUGUGCGGGUCAGGGUUCCAGUCCAUUGUCAGUGGAGCCCAGGACAUUCUGACAGGAGAUGCAGAAGUUGUUUUGACUGGGGGUACAGAGAACAUGAGCAUGGCCCCAUAUACAGUCAGAGGGACUCGUUUUGGGACAAAGCUUGGCGUUGACCUCAAGCUUGAAGACACACUGUGGGCCACAUUGACAGACUAUCACAUCAAGACACCAAUGGGAAUGACAGCAGAGAAACUAGGAGGUCAAUAUGGAGUCACCAGACAGGAUUGUGAUCAGUUUGCUAUGCUAUCUCAGCAACGUUGGCAGAGAGGUACAUAUCUCAGUUCAUGGAGGGAUAGAAGUCCUCUUACAAUAAUUGGAUUUCAUCAGGCCUUUGUCACCCUUCAGCUACCUUACAUGAAUACCCAGUACAUGCGUGUGUGU